UCAAAGUUGCCAGCAACGUUUCUGUUGACAUCUGCAGCUCAAGCGUUGGAAAAGCUCAUAAACGUUUUAUACCCCAAUGUUUUCACACGAGUGAAGUGGGUUUUUACUAUCAGAAUGGAAGGUAAAGUCAUCGGACCGGGUCCGUACCGGGCGACGAAGCUGUGGAAUGAAACCAUUAAACUCUUCCGUGGAGGCAUGCCGCUGAGAAGGCACUGGGCACACUUCCGCUACUAUGAUUGCAGUUUCACGGGAUCCGAGGCUGUGGACUACCUGCAUGAGCUGCUGAGGCGCAACUACAACUUUGGGCCUGAAGUCACUCGCUACCAGACUCUGCAGCUGCUCAGCAAGUUCCUCAAGGCCCAUGUCAUUGAAGAUAUUAAAGGACGCCACGGGACAGAGGACUUUGAAGACAAUGGCCAUCUGUACAGGUUCCCCACACUGUCUCCUCUGAAGUCUUUUCCAACAAGGCCUCUGUUGAGAGACAGCUGUGACCUGCCCAGACUCAUCCGCUGGGAUGACUAUGAAGAACUGCCUCAGCAGGAAAACAUUGCGCCCCUGAAAUCUGCUGUCAUGACUUCCGAUUUGUGGAAUAAAAGGCAUAGUGUAGCUAUCGGGGAUGUGCAUGAAUGCAAGCUCAUACGCAGGAAAGAGAUUACUCCAAAACAAGUGGACCACAUCUGGAAAUCGAUGACAAUUUCACAUUUACAGAGAGUGCUGGGCCUAAAGUCAUUGGAUGGAAUGUUAAGCCCCACACGUGUGAACGGAAAGCACAUUGUUCACAAUGUGUUCAGUGUUAAUAAGGCGGGCAUAGUCGUAAUGGAGAACAAAGCCGAGGACAUGCCCUAUUGGGUGGUAUCAGCGAUGAAAUGCCUCGCAAACUGGCCUAAUGGCAAUGAAUCCAAACAGCCAGUGUACCCGGGUUUUGAGAGGGAUGUUCUGAGAACAGUAGCAGAUUAUUUUCAGAGACUCAAAGAACCUCUGCUGACUUUCCAUCUAUACGACGUCUUUGUCAACAUUCUUAGUCUGCUACAGGAGCAGGAGGUAGCCACGGAGGCUCUUCAAGUCAGCUCUCUUUUACUGCCACCGCCCAACCGAAGACGCCUCCAGCUUUUACUGCGUCUCAUGGCGCGGGUCUGCCAGAAUCCCCACUUGCCUCCACUCAAUGACACCAUUGCUACCCGCACACUGAUGGUGCAGAUGUUCUCUCCCUGCGUUCUGGGCUCGGUAGAUGAGAUGGACUUGGACGAGCUGCUGGCCACCAAACUGGUGACCUUCAUGAUGGAGCACCACAACACCAUCUUCCAAGUUCCCUCCAAGCUGCGAUGCCAGGUUGAGGAGCACCUGUCCCAUCUCAAAAGAGUUCAGAUCAAAUAUGCGGGUUCAGAUACUGACUUCAGCACAUCUCCAGCGUUUUGUAAACAGAUUAGCAGGGUGGAGUCUGAGGAGCAGAAGGUGAUAGGUACCCAGACCCCACUGCAGGAGCUGCUGGAAGGCCUGAUUGCAGACAAAGAACUCCCUGCCAAGGACAAAAGAAAAAGGCUAAAACAGUUCCAGAGGUCGUACCCAGAAGUCUACCACAAUCGAUUUCCCACUGAAGAGAGCAAAGCUGCUUUCAUACCUGAGAAAACCCCUCGACUCAAACCUCAUCUCAUGUUCUUCAACAUCAAGAAACCCUUCCAACCUUUUCAGAGGAGCUGGAGUUUUAGGGCAUGAUCUGUUGCCACUGGCAUAUCACCCUCACGGUUUUGAGACAAGGAGGAAUGUGGCUGUAAUGAUGCUCUGGCCACAGUUUUGGUACUGUUGGUUAACCACUACAGUUUGUAUUUAAAAAUAAUGAAUUUGACUUUGUAGCACUGUUGAAUUAAAGGCAUUUAAAGGGUCAGUUCGCUCAAAUUACAUAAUAAGAGAUAUCCCACUUACUCCUAGUGGUUUCUAGCCAUGCCGAUAGUUUGGUUGUGGUUGUGGAACAUUUGCAACUAUUUUUAACUUCUAACUAAUACUACAUACAGUGAAUGUGGAUGGGUGAACUGACCGUUUAAGAAAUACAUUUCUACUUAUUGUUGCUAGAAAACUUGAAAAAAUAUAGGAAACAUCUACUAACAGUAAAAGAACCACUGAUGUUUCUCAAAAUAAUCUCUAAUAGCUGUCCUAAAAUUGUGUAUUGCUCCAUUUUUCUACUUCUAAAAUAAUGGAUGGUAGAAAGGUGUAAUUUAGUGUGGCCCUGAGAGCUUGACACACUGCAGACUAGGAAAACACAAAAACAGACAAAACACAAGCAAAAUAUCAAAACAUCUCCACCAAUUUGACAACUCAUGCACAGCAUUUAGAAAAAAUUCUGAAAAGUGAGAAAAUGCAACCAAAUACAGGGCCACCAUACUAAAAACAGAAUAUAAAGUAGCUGAUUUGAAUGAACUGCAUUUCAAAAAUUUUAAUGGUUUAUUAGAUUUUAACAUUAUAGGUUGUGAAAUAUUAAUGAUCAAAGUGCAUUAAUAUUGAUAUACACUUUUAUAUUGUUGUACUUUAUACUGUACUGCAGGCACAGUGUUGGUUCUAAUUGGCCUUCAAACAUGUAAUUUCAUGAGCUCUUGUAAAGCAAAGAUUCAUUUCAUGAUUACUUUUCAAUGUGGAGUGGUCCUAAUGGUGCUGUAAACAUAAAUAUAUGUUUGUGUUUGUCAGUUAAACAGUUACUUAAUGUCAGUGAACAUAUCAAGGGUUUGCCCAGGAAGGGAGUGUAUGUGAAAUGUUACAUAAAUGAGAAGCUGUAGUUGUACUUCAGAUGAUAAAUCCAUUUGUAAUUACAACACAAAUCAUAUCAAAUGAGGGAAAGUCCAAAAAAACAUGGGUGAAAAUUGCUGUAAAAAAUGUAAAACUACAUUAAAUAGUUUUUUAUAACGCCGAUAUCCUGAAACCUGCUCUCAGAAAAAGGAAGAAAGGAGCAAUAGAAGUAUAUGAUGUGCUGCAAACUGUCACAGCCCUCUCUCUCCAAACCCUCCCUACACCGUACUUGAUUACUGUAUGUGCACUCUUAAUUCAUUCCAUGUUUUUACUUGUUGGUUUUAUUCUGUAUAUAAGAACUAUUUUCUUGAUUGGUACAUAUUUCAAUGUCUCAGAUCCUCUUUUUUUCAGUGUUUUCAAUGUAUUUAUCAUCAUUUUCUGUUCCCUGCUCUUUGUCAUGUCAAUCAGGUUGUUUUCACUUAAUUUGUGACAUCAAAUUGUUUUAUUUUUAUAAUGAUUAAGUGCUGAUAUUUCUGUUUGGAUUUUCAUAAAUGCUCUUGAACAAAUGCAAUAAUGCUGGAAUAACUGUUACACUUGAAAUGCUGCUCUGUACUAGAAAAAAUUCAACUGGAUAAAAGUGAAUUCA